AUGCGAAGCGAAUCUACAAUUGCAACAGACCGAGUGUUUUCACUCGAGUCUACAGAGCGAUUCAAGAUACCGUCGGGAACAUCUCGUAUUAGAGUGUAUAAACUUAGCCAUUCAGAAUUCAGAAUAAUAUUUGUUGAAGUGCCUGGUCCAUUGUGCUCUGCCAGUAUUGUUUUUCCAACUAUUAGUGUUGACAACAAAGGACUUCCGCAUACUCUCGAGCAUUUGGUAUUCUGUGGAUCUCAAACGAUCCCUAAUAGAGGGUACUUGGAUUUUCUUGCUACUCGAUGCUUAUCUACUGGAACAAAUGCAUAUACCUCUGAAGAUCACACCUCUUAUGAAAUCACCACUGCCGGAUCGGAGGGAAUGAUUGAAAUUUUACCAGUGUUUUUGGAUCAUAUUCUUAAUCCAACUUUGCGCAAGUGUCAGUUUACUACAGAGGUGUAUCAUUUGAAUCAUGAAGCCAAACAUCAAGGGGUUGUGUACUGCGAGAUGGCGAGUCGUGAGAAUGGAGAGCAAGAUCUGCUGGAUCGAAAUAUUCGGCAGCUUCUUUACCAAGGCGAAACAACUUAUUCAUUCGAGUGUGGCGGUUUAACAAAAGACAUCAUCAAGCUCAAUAAUCAAGAAAUUAUAGACUACCACUCAAAAUUCUAUCGAAUUGAAAAUGCCACUAUGGUUAUUACAGGAACAAUUAGUCAGAGUGGAUUAUUUGCUAAGCUGCUAGAGCAUGAAGAGAUUUUUGCUGAUAAACCACCACUUGAAGAUUCAUUUGUGACUCCAGUUAUCAAAUCACCUGCGCUUUUGAACGGAACUGACUUUGCAAUCUCCAGAAAAGUACCAUUUGCGUCUGCCGAUAUGGAUGUUGGGUCAAUUGGCUAUGGCUGGCGCGGACCGCCAUCAGAAGAUGUAUUUACAAUCAUUGCGCUAGAUUUAUUAUAUACUUAUUUGCAUAGCAAUGCUGCAUCGAUCCUUUCCCAAGCGUUUGUUGAGCGCGCCGAUCCUCUCGCGUCCUCUGUUGAUUUUGAUAUCAAGGGAUAUGUUGAUACAUCAUUUAUAAUCUAUUUCAGUGGCGUGCCUUAUUUUGAUCGAGCAGACGUUGGUUCGGAUGUGGAAAUGGACAUUGAAAAGAAUUCCGACAGUAAUGAUGAGGAUACCGACUCCGAGGAUGAAAGUGAUGAUGAUGAAGAUACCGACUCCGAGAAUGACAGUGAUGAUGAUGAAGACAACGAUUCUGCACAUCGUAACCUCUUUCAGCCCAAUGUAUUCUAUGGGCUAUUGAGAAACGCCUUGAGAUCCUUUGCUACAAAUGGAUUUACUGUUCCAGGUGGGAUGCUGGCAACUAUUAAAAGGCAUCGUUGCAAGAUCAUGAAGGCCUUGGAAGAGGAGCCUCAUGACACCAUUACCAAUCUUUUACUUCCAGACAUUAUACGGCACCAUCUUGCAGCCAGUUCAGCACUUGGUGAUACACGAGCCGAACAUGGAACUCCCAAGAUUGCCACACGAUCCAAGCUUUUUGAUAUUCUUGAUAUACUUGAAAAAAAGGAUGACGAGUAUUGGAAAAAACUCACGUGUCAAUGGCUUCUUGAAAAGCCUAUUUGUGAAGUCUUGAUGAUUCCAAGCAGUAAGCUUGCAUUGGAACAGCAAAAAAUAGAGCAGUGUGGAAUUCAAGACCGAGUAAAAGUACUUGGUAAAGAAGGACUUGGCAAACUAAAAGCAGAAGCCGACCGAGCACUGGCGGAGAACAAAAUUAACAUUACUGAUGAUCUAAUGGCCAAAUUUCCAGCUAUUCCUGACGCAUCCAAAGCCCCGUCACUUGUAUCGAAUAUGACCAACAUCAAUCUUGACGAGUAUAGCAACACACGGGGUCCAUUUUCUGCGUGCCAGGUGGUUCGGACAGAGACUGCUUUUGUGAGCAUGCGUUUUGGACUCAAUACCAGCCAUAUUUUAGAAGAGCUUCGGCCUUAUUUGGUUUUAUUUCAAGAACUCUUGUUUGAAACUGAUCUAGUUUUGCCAGCUACACUGGGUUCAAAAACCAUAACAAUGGAGUAUCAGGAGGUUGUAAGGUAUGCAUCCCAGGUGUUUGUCUCGCACGAAGCAGCUAUAGGUUUUGGCAACGAAGUAUGGAGUGCAAGUUGGCUAAGCCAAGUUUUGAUGGUAUCGGCAGUAUCAGAAUGUGCAGAUUGGGAAUGCAUGAUCAGAUUCCUGGCUCAAGUGUUGUUUUUUUCAGAAUUUACUGAAAGUCGAAUUUUGACUGUUGCCAAGAAUUUGCUGAGCAACAUUACAGAGAUUAAGCGAGAUGGAGCCUGUAUGCUAUCCGCAGUAACAACACGCUUAUACUCUGCCAAAAGCUUAUCAAGCAAAAAUACAUCUGAUAAAGCGUCCGAUGCAAAGUGUGGGUUGCCUGAGCAGUCUGAUACUUUAAUAGAUCAGCCUACAUUGAAUGACGCUGCCAUUAGCAUAUUCACUCAAGAAAAGUUUUUGCGGGGUAUAGUCAAGUUACUCAAGGAUGGCGAGGGAUCCAAGGUCAAGGACCAUCUAAAUCAGCUAAAAUUAGCCAUACUUUCUGGGAAUCAGAAAAGUACUCCAGCAUUUAUUCAAAUUGGAGUGCCAAAGAACUUUUCACUUUCAGGUGGAGCUUCACUUGGCCAGAAUUCCGAAUGUGUUGAUGAUAUUUUAUGCAUUUGGAACACGGAAUUUACCAAGUAUAAAUCUCGACAGACACCCAAAGGCACCAAACGACGUCUAUCAGUGAAUGACACUGCCGAUCAGCCUGCUUCAUUGAUUAGCCCGUUUCCAUUUCCAAGAAACCCCUUUCAGUAUAGCCAUUUAGAUUUAAAACUAGGACGUGGACUGCUUGUGCCAAUUCCUGGACUAACUACCUCGUAUGUAUCACAGUUUGUAGCCUGUGAUGUAUUUGCAUCCCAUCCACAUCCAGAUUAUUUUGCAACCGUGCUGCUAGCUGAGAUUUUAUCGCGUUCCGAAGGACCUCUAUACGACGCAGUGCGAGGUCCUGGCUAUGCGUACGGAGUUUCACUCAGCGUAUGCCUAUGGAUUGGACAGCUUUCAUUGGAUCUAUACGAUGCAUCAGAACCACACAAGUCGGUGAUGGCAUUUUAUCGUAUCUUGAACACUCUUGCAACCAAGUCUGGGAUGGAAGAAAUAUGCAGCGAGUUUAAUAUAGAAACAGCACGAGCUGCAGUUGCAUACAGAUGGGUGGCGGAUUGUGCAACAGCAGACGGAGUUGUGCAAACGGCACUUCGAUCAUCACUGCAGCGGGAUGUGGUUAUAGUAUAG